AUUCAUCCGUUUUGAUGUCUGGAGGUGUGGUUCGAUAUGGGCCUCCCCGACAGGCUUCGACAGGGCCUAUAAAAACGGCCAGUCUACGCAGCUCCUUAAUGCACUGUGUACGAGAAGGUAGCAAAAUGAGGUGGCUGCUCUGUCUGAUAGCGAUUGGUGUGAUUGGGGCGCUUGCGGAAGCCCGUGAUCUUCGGCACGAAAUUCCCGCUGAAGUUCCGGAGUUUGGAAAUUAUGCAACUGCCUGCUCGAUCCGCACGACGGGCGAUAUGCCACGUCCACAGCCACUAGUGCUGAUCCCCGGUACCAGCCAGUUCCGCUAUCCCGCCACCGGCAACGGGCUGCUGCAGCUGAACGCUGGCGAAACACUGGAGCUAGCCUGCCAGGACGGGUUCGGACUCUUCCCGGGCAAAAGCUCCAUCACCGUGACGUGCGUCAUCAACGAUCAGUUCAACUACGACAGCCAGAUGUUUGCGUUCCGUGACUUUGCCUGCACGGAGAACUGGCUGAGCAGUGCGCGUCGUACCGCGCAGCGUUGCUUCAACGGGGCCACGAUCGUUGAGAUCGGCUUCAACGUUGGUCAGCGCUUCCCGAAGAUUCUGGACGUGUGUCACGACGAGGUGACGUUCGACAACCACUACGUGGUGCAUGAAUUUACGCCGGCCAAUGCCGGGUUCCAGCAGGGCGUACCACGGCCGGGCUGGUACCAGGGUGACUUCUACCCCGGCAUCAACAUCAACGGACUGUACACGGUCAAUACGCAGCGCUCCACGAUCGCCACCAUUCUUAGCUCGCAGGCUCGCGCCAAUGAGCUCGUCCAGGGUACGGACAAUGGUAUCUUCCUGGCGCGUGGACACAUCGCCGCUCGGGCGGACUUUAUCUACGGAACGCAGCAGAACGCCACGUUUUGGUUCCUCAAUGCUGCCCCACAGUGGCAAAACUUUAACGCUGGCAAUUGGGAGCGCAUUGAGUCGUCGGUGAAAACGUUUGUGGCGGCUCGCAAUAUUCGGGUGCGGGUUUACGGCGGUACGUACGGUGUGCAGACGCUAGCCGAUGGCAAUGGAGAUCAUCGGGAGAUCUUCCUGGAUUUCAACGCGAAUGGAAGGACGCGCCUGAGAGCACCGAAGGUGUACUACAAGAUCCUGCACAACGAGGCACAAAACUCGGGAAUUGUACUGAUAGGAGUUAACAAUGUCCACAUCUCGCUGGAGGAGAUCCGACGGGACUACAUCUUCUGCACGGACGUGAGCAAUCGGAUUGGGUGGAUUAACUGGGAGCGGGAAAAUCUUGCCCUUGGCUAUUCGUACGCAUGCGAGGUGAAUGAGUUUAAUCGCGUGACGGGCCACUUGCCACAGCUGAAUGUGGCCACCGGUGGAUGUACGGUCCCGUUCGCUGACCUACCGUACCCGGAGCAACCGCUCAUACUGAUCCCCGGGACGGAGAAGUACUGGUACCCACUGGACGAAACCCGCGAGAUCCUAGUCCCAACCGGUGCCCCAAUCGAGCUGGCAUGUCAGCAAGGCUUUCGACUCUUUCCCACCUGUGGGGGAUUUGGGGUUAGUUUUGCCGAUUCCGCCAAUGCGAUGCAUUUCACGAUGUUUUUGCAAGCGAAGACGAUGUAUCAAUCGUUCAGUGACAAUAUUCAAUUGCGCACCGGAAUCGAGCAAUAUUCGUACAGAUUCGGUUUCCUCAACACCACCCAACGAUCGAUUACGGUCCAGUGUGUGACGAACUCAACGUUCAGCUUCGGUGGCUCGCCCUACCCAAUGAAGUCCCUUGCCUGCACAUCGUACUGGUUAAGCUCGGCCAAAACCACCCAGGCACGGUGCCACAACGAGUCCGUGAUAGUGAAGGUUGGCUUCGAGCUGGCCGACGCUCGCUGGGUGAACGUGUUUGACGUGUGCUACGAUGAGCAGCUUUACCAUACACACUUUGUGCGCCAUCAUAUGAACCGCGCCAACGGUGGCUAUCAGUCAGGCAAUCCACGGCCCGGCUGGUAUCAGGGUGCGUACUACACCGGCGUCAACAUCAACACACUGUACACCGUGAACAGGCAGCGGGAAACGAUCGCCACCAUCCUGAACUCCCAGGCCCGGGCGGACGUACUGGUCCAGAACACCACCAACGGGAUCUACAUGGCCCGGGGGCACAUCGCGGCACGGGCGGACUUUGUUUAUGGCACGGAGCAGAACGCUACCUUCUGGUUCCUCAAUGCUGCUCCCCAGUGGCAAAACUUUAACGGAGUUAACUGGGAGCGGGUGGAGUCUUCGGUGCGCGAUUUCGUGGGCAAGCGGGAUCUCGAGCUAACCGUGUACAGCGGUACUUACGGUGUGCAGAAGCUGGCCGACGGCAAUGGCGACUAUCGGGAAAUUUGGCUUGAUUUUGAUCCUGUGGAGGGUCGUCGCCGAGCGCCGGCUCCGAUGCUGUACUACAAGAUCCUGCACGAUGAGGCCAGCAACGCGGGCAUUGCACUCGUCGGCGUUAACAACGUGCACGUGCCGGUUGAGCUGAUCCUGCGCGAGUAUGUGCUGUGCAAGGAUAUUGGCGAUGAGGUCGAGUGGAUCGACUGGGAGCGUAAGAACCUGACGAUCGGGUACUGUUACGCGUGCGAGGUAAAUGCGUUCAACGACGCAAUUGGCAGGCCCCAUCCGCAGCUGAACGUGGCGAAGCUGCUCACGAGCAGUGGUGCUAGGGGCGCGGUGUUUGCGCUCGGCCUGAUGUUGGCAGGCCUGGGACUGCACGCACUGUUAUUUGUGGUACGGUCUUCUGCCCUUCGUGCGUGA